AGGAGGUGUACCACUACAACAACUAGUACCGCAGAGCCAUGUCCCCCUCAUCUAGUAUCGCACAAUUACCUGCUGUAUCAAUCAACAAGAACACAAGGAUGACCUCCAGUCCCACGAAUACUACUUCGUGUCCUCGAGUUGCAGUGUGUCUUUCGGGUGCACUUCGGACAUUUUUGUUAAGGCUGUAGGUAAUGCGUCUCUGACUGCGUCCUUGAAACGUAUGGGGGAGUACUCUGGCAGACUUUUCAAGGAUGCAGGUGGAAGAUGAAUUACGGAGAACGUUAAUUUUAGGAGCUUGGCCGACUUUUAUCAAACACGUGGCACACGAGAGUUGCGUUUUUGAGUAUUUUGCUCACUUCAACUGGGAUCCGGUCACCGAUGUCGAAGCCGCCAGAGCGAUCUAUCUAUGAUGAUUCAUGGGGGCUUGCUAUAAUAAUACUAGGAUACUACUACUAGGAAGUAGGUGAAAAACGAAGGUUGUUGUAGUUAUGCAUGGUGGGUGUGUACGUCCUCGUGUAAAUCAUAAUCAUCUAGUCAAAUAAGAACGUCAAACAAGAACAAUUUGAAGUUGAACUACGUUGAUGUUAUUGAGGUGAACGUUAAUCCAACCAAGGUGAAUGUGGAUUCUAUUUUUUAUCUAUAAUCCUUCCGACAAUCGAAGCAGUCGACGAAGCUACGCAAUCUGGAGCCUUGCAUUUCUUAUCGGAUGAAACACGACUAGCAUUCCGGGAUGCUGUUGCGCAAUCGCAAAAUCAGUCAUCCUCACCAUCAGAGGGAGAGCAUAUAGAUGAUGCAACAGUGCCAUCAGCAGAGGGUUUUUUCUGUGGUAAAUCCUCUUCCUCAUCCAAGAUGGUUGUAAAUACUGAUGACGACACGAGUAAAAAGGACGAGGAGAGGCCAUCUAUAUCUACUAACACCACGAGCACCAGAAGGAGACCAGGCUGUCUCAAGAGAUGCUUGGUGAGCACAAAUGACGAGACAAUCGCGUCUAUGUUCAGGAAGAGCAAGAAGGAGCUUAGUGCGUUACAAGAGGUGAAGCAAGAAGAUGUCAUUCUGGAUGCAGCCGACUCUGUUCUUAGAAUACCAGUUUCUGGAACUCCUUUCACGGCUCCCAAGAAGACAAAGACUGCUGCAAGCAUCGACUUCAUCAGCAAUCUCGAAGCAAUAAGUAAGUUGCCCACAGCGAAGGGAAUGAUACCACUACGCAUCAUGGCCAUGGCAGAAUCUAUGGAACUAGCACAGGAGCAGUUGAAUCAGUAUCUUGAGGAACAAGUUGUAGAAAACCAAAGCCUGGAGAACGACCAUGAAAAUGGGCAGUAUGACCUUUAUAUCCGAACCAGACCAGAUUUGUUUUGGAAAGCGGAUCUGGAUUUGAGGAAAGCGGGGAUAUUACUCGUCGACCACCACUCUGACACCACAAGCGCGGACAACAAGGACAAGGACAUUUUCACCACGAUCUUUCUCCCUUGGUAUUCCUAUCUAGAAAAGGAAGGGCAUGGCUUAGCCUGGGAUCAGUUUGCGGUGAGUGACUCUCUAUACGGAAUCCGCCUCUACAACAGUUUUAGGAAGCAUCUCCUUGUGGAAUUUGAGAGGUUGAAUAGGGAAAGCGAUUCCACUGCUGAGGUGGAUGAAGAUGUCGGAAUUGAAGAUACAAGUGCGUCGGAAUUGAAGAAGUGCAAGGAUGUCGAAGAUGCAGCUUGUGAUGUACCCGCAGCGCAGGGUAUAAAUCGAAGCAGCAGAAGAUGGACUGCAGAGGAAAAGAAAAACGCAAGCACCAGGGAGCAGGUCUCCUCCCCCGCCAAGUGUCUCACGUCUGCAGGUUCGACACCUGACAUGAUCACUCUAGGUGAACAAAUUGCGGCGAAGAGGAAAGGAAAGCAACUGUCUAGAGUGGAUCUAGAAUUUUAUCCCGAAAGGCAACUUUAUGAUCUGCUCAAAUCGAAAACUGCACAACAAGUGAAUUUACGAAUCCUUCCUGAUUAUCACGCGACUGUUCUAAGAAAGGAUGAAGAAGGAAACUAUUUUGAAGCUGAUCCUUUUGGUAAACUAAGACAUCACUUUCCAGCGUUUAAGUACCCAUCAGUGGAUAAAGACACUAUUAGAGGCGUACCUGGGGGUGCGGCAGUGCGGUGAUGAUGAAAAGACUUCGGAGUCUGAAACACUCUACCGCGACAACUCGCCACUUAUGCUUCGUCUUUUCAUAUAGGUGAAUGUCCAUCACAGUUUCAUCACUUUCCCAAGAGUGCGACAACCACCAACAAAAAACUACACUAUGCGCAGAUGAGGCUUGUU